GGUGAAUACUAAGGUUCUAUUUUUUCAAGAUUCACCUUCGAGAGUAGCGCGUCGGCAUGGGCAGGGUAGACUUCAGGUACAGACAUUUUCUUGUCCCACCUGAGCACUCUACAAGAUCGAGCGCACUCUACCUCGCUUCUUUUUUCACUUUACACAACACACACUAUCUCCACAGUCCCUUGAAGAUGGCGUCGUCGAAGAAGCCUAGGAAGGCUAGACGGCCUUCGUUCUUGACGAUGGGUAGAGAGGUCGUAAACCUCAAGGUCGGCUCAGAGGAGCAAGUCUACAGUGUUCAUCAGGAUCUGCUUGCCUAUCACUCGGAAUAUUUCCGUGCCCUCUUCAAAGGCUCGUUUCGAGAAGCUCAGGAGAAGGCGUCAGCUUUGCCAGAUACUGACUGCCGGACCUUCGAAAUAUUCAUGGAUUGGUUGUACUCGGGCCAAUUCCCAUGGGAAGGAAGCGAAGACGACAACUUGCCGCAUGUGCCGACAUCUGGCAGGGACAAUACUCGGGAGGUUUCGGAGAAAGUCGAAGAUGGCGACGACACCAAAGACGACGAGGACGGGAAUGCUGAAAGAAAGGCUUUAGACAACGCAAGAGAGGGCGUUGCACAGUACACUCUCGACCUCUUCAUCAUGGCCGAUCGCUACAACAUUCCUAGGCUUCGCCAUGAUGCUCUCAGUCACUUCUUCAUCUUCUUCGCACAAGACGCCCAGAGAACCCUGUCCCAGUCCAGCGUCACAAAGGCCUUCUUAUUUCUCCCUGAGAGCUCGCCAAUGCGUACCCUCAUCUGCGACCUGUUCUGCGCGCGGAUUCAGAAAACUAAUAUUCUAGAAGAUGCUCGCUCAGCCCUUCCCGUGGACUUUAUGUUCGACGCCCUGAAGGGAGUGCAGAACAUCAUGAAGCAAUCAGGCACGUCUUUUCUAGUGCGACCACACAACAAGCACAGGCUUUGUGUCUAUCAUCACCAUGAAGCAGGGGACGCAGAUGUUUGCGAAUACAAAGAAAUUCCGGGGACUAUCUAUGGACCACCAGAUUACCCUCGAAAGAAGGGCCGACACAGUGGUUGGGGAUGAUGUUCUAGGCUUGUGGAAGUGUGUGUGUGGUACGGGAAGCCCAGCUUCUCGAGUCGGCUGAAGGGGUUAGGUUUGGAAAGGUAACAGUGGACACUUGGAGUCACGUACGUGGCAUGGCGAAUCCGGUUAGUUUACAUUCGUGCUUGAAUCUUGUGCCUUAUCAUACAAGUGCGACAGAUGGCGAGCGACCAUUAGGAGCCCCUCACAGGCUCAGUCAUAAUUCAGACAGAUUCCAACAACUUGAAGC